CUCCAGGAAGAAGAAUUUAAAUGGCUUUUAGGGGAGGAAGUUCACUCCGUCCUUCGUCAGCUGCAAGAAAUCCUAAAGGAAGCUUCCCAUCGGUUUAAUUUGCCAGCCAGCAGCUCAGAAGGGCCUGUAAAACAGGAAAACUUUAUCCUAGGGAGUUCCAAUGUCGACCAGGUGAAAGGAGUCCUAACCCUCCAGGGAGAUGCUUUGUGUCAAGCGCUGAUGGAUGCUGUGAUGUUGCACCUGACACGAGCUCGGAAUCGUCUCACCACGCCUGCCACCCUGAGCUUGCCAGAGAUCGCCAGCAGUGGACUUACGAAAAUGUUCACUCCAUCGCUGCCUUCAGACCUCCUGGUGAAUUUCUAUAUCAACCUAAAUAAGGUCUGCUUAACGGUCUACCAGUUACAUCCUUUGCAGCCCAGUUCCACAAAGAACUUCCGGCCAGCUGGAGGGUCCAUCCUGCAUAACCCCGGGGCUAUGUUUGAGUACAGUAACCAAAGAUACGAAGUCAGCCACGUACACAAGGUGGAGUGUGUGGUGCCCUGGCUGAACGAUGCCCUGGUUUUCUUCACCGUGUCCCUGCAGCUUUGCCAGCAACUCAAGGAUAAGAUUGCUGUGUUUUCUGGCUACUGGAACUAUUGGCCCUACUGAUCAUCUUCUCGCAGAGAGUGGUCCGGUCAGUUUCAGUCACUCUUCUUCUCGCGAAGGUCUCAUGAUAUAAACUCUUUUAUCUGCGAAGAGCAUCCAGAUUCUGCACUCCAUGGGCAAGGAGGCCAUCGUCAUCUUUGUAUUCAGAAUGUCAUUAUUUAUUAGCACUUUAGAAAGUAACGUUCAUUUCUUUCCAUGAGCAUCAAAGUUAGGCGGAGUCAGUAAACCCUGGUCAAACCACGCCCCGUUGGAGGGGGCAGGGCGGGGGAGUGGAAAGUGGCUACGAACAGGAGUGGGGACGAAGCGCAGCCUUUGCUGACCCUGUUUUGGGCUCGUCUCAGAAAGACCAACUGUGGGGUGGGUCACACCGUGUUCCUUUCUUGGCGAAUCCUUGUCACGUUUUGGAUUUUGUUCUCCCUCCUGCCCGCCCCUUCCUGAGUCUUUUGCACCGUAGUGACGGUUCACUUCCAUAACGCGUGAAAAGCGUUAAAGGGACAGCUGGGUUUUGGUGAUGGGUCACCCCCUAUUUCCGCGAUGGCGAACAAGUCACCCCAGCUCAGCUCCACUCCGCAUGCAAGGGUGCCCUCCCUGGUUUUCAGGUUGCUGCGCAUGCAGGGGGCGGGGGCAAAUGCGUGGGGAGUUGUGCAUGGCGGUGGGAAGCUGGGGAAGUGCAGAGGGUUGCGUGUGCAUGCGCAGGGGGUGGGGCGCACAUGG